AACCAGUUCGAUGGUCUACCUUAAAAUCUUUUGCGAAGAAAUUUAAUAUGGCAGGAUUUAAACUUGAAAUGUUCAAGUGUCUUUAUGGUCUAGCUGAACAUUGUACUUACACUUUAGGUUUUCGUAAUCUUAAUGAAAUACCUUCAGUAAUUAAUGUCGAUCCUGUCAUAUUAAGAAAAGGACAUGUUCGUAUUAGACAAGAAACUGAAAAUUCCAACGCUAGUUAUAUCGUCUCAACUGGCGUACCUGAAUUAAGCAUGGAAAUUGAAGUAAGAAUAGUCGACCGCGAUACAAGACAACUUUGUUCACCCAAUGUUGUAGGUGAAAUAUGGGUUUCAAGCCCAUCGGUGGGACAAGGAUAUUAUGGCAAAGAAAAAGAUUCCGAGGAAACAUUUAAAGCAAAAUUGGCAUUAAGUGAUCACGGUAAUUGGAUAAACGAUCAUGGAAGUUUCUUAAAAACCGGGGAUCUAGGUUUCUUACAUAAUGGUGAAUUAUACGUCACCGGACGAGAAAAAGAUGUUAUCAUUAUUAAUGGCAAGAAUCAUUAUCCUCAAGAUAUCGAACUCUCAGUACAAGAAUGUCAUAAUGAAAUUCGACCCGGAUGUGUAGCAGCACUCCAUCAUCAGGAUCACGAGACCGGUACCGAUACUUUAAUCAUUUUAGUCGAAAUCAGAAACGAGAAAAGUAUAAAAUCCGAAUCCCUAAGUCAAAUCAUUGACGAAAUAACUCGAGUUGUUCCCGCAAAGCACAGUUUACCUGUACAAAGAAUUGUAAUCCUUAAACAACGUUGUAUACCCAAAACAACGAGUGGAAAACUCCAACGGUUUAAAUCCAAAGAAAUGUUGUUAACUGGAGCAUUAGAUAAAAAGAUUAUUGUUAGUGUUGGUGAAUUAACCGAAGAUCCGGCAUUUGCAAGCUCAUCAGAACAAUCGACACAAAAU